CCACACACAUUUACACACAUAUUCUUACACUGAAGACACACGCACACACUGUGAGUACAGACUGGUUUAAUCUCUCUCUAUCCUCCAAAGAGGAACCGUCCUCGUCGUCAACACUUCCUCACUGACAGAUGGAGAAACAGGCCGGAGCUGCCGGAGCUGCGGACGGAGCAGGGCCGAGCAGAAAGCCCUGGAGCUCGGCUAACUACGUAGAAGCGGUCGCUGAAUCUCUGGACAGUUCAUCAGGUUCUCAUGUAGAGUGGUGUAAACAACUGAUAGCAGCUACCAUCUCCAGUCAGAUCUCAGGAUCCGUCCCACCUGACAUCAGCAACAGGGAUAACAAGGAUGGAAGAAGACCAGAUUUCAUGGUGUCCAAGAGGCUGAAUUCCAGGCAGGAUUUACAUGAUGAAGGGCAUUGUUACCAUGGAGACAGUGAUUCUGAGCAUCCUUCCAAUGCUUCGAACCUUCCAGCUCUGAGAUAUGGCUCACAAGUCAGAAUGUUCCAGAACCAGGUUCCUCUGCUGCCUGGAGAGACCAUCCAGACUACAGUGAAGGAUGUGAUGUAUAUCUGUCCGUUCAGUGGUCUAGUUAACGGGACUCUGACCAUCACAGACUAUAAGCUCUACUUCACCAGUGUGGAAAGGGAGGCGCCGUUCAUUCUCGAUGUUAACCUGGGAGCCAUCAGCAGACUGGAGACCAUCAGUGUAACCACACAAGGAGAGAACACCAAGGGACUUGAGCUGGUCUGCAAGGAUAUGAGGAGUCCCAGGUUUGCCUAUAAACGAGAGGAGAGCCACCCAGAUGUGGUGGAGGCUGUCACCAAACAUGCCUUCCCACUCUCCCACAACCUGCCUCUGUUUGCCUUUCUGUACAAGGAGAAGUUUCCUGUGGAUGGCUGGAAGGUGUACGACGCUACAGCCGAGUACAGGCGUCAGGGUCUUCCUAAUGAGAGCUGGACCAUCAGUAAGAUUAACAGCAGCUAUGAACUGUGUGACACUUAUCCCUCCGUCCUGGUCGUCCCCACCAACAUAACAGACGACGACAUCAAACAAGUGGCCAUGUUCAGAGCCAAGCACCGUAUACCGGUCUUGUCCUGGAUCCACCCAGAGUCUCAGGCCACCAUCGUACGAUGCAGCCAGCCUUUAGUUGGACCUUCAGAUCGUCGCUGUAAGGAGGAUGAACACUUCCUCCAAAUCAUCAUGGAUGCAAACGCACAGUCACACAAACUCACCAUCUUUGAUGCCCGGCAGAGUAGUGUAGCAGUCACCAACAAGGCAAAGGAUGGAGGGUAUGAGAGUGAGAGCUUCUACUCAAGCGUGGAGCUGAACUUUCUGGAAAUCCCCAACAUACAUGUGAUGAGGGAGUCGCUGCGGAAGCUGAAGGAUGUGGUUUAUCCCACCAUAGAUGAAGCCCACUGGCACUCUGCUAUUGACCAGACACACUGGCUGGAGUACAUCCGGCUGUUGUUAGCCGGAGCAGCUAAAGUAGCAGAUAAGCUGGAGUCCGGGAAGUCGUCGGUGGUGGUUCACUGCAGUGACGGCUGGGACAGAACGGCUCAGCUCACCUCUCUGGCCAUGCUGAUGCUGGACAGCUACUACCGCACUCUCAGAGGAUUCCAGGUUCUGGUGGAGAAGGAGUGGAUCAGUUUUGGACACAAGUUUGCUGCACGCGUGGGUCACGGUGAUGAGAACCAUGCGAACUCCGAGCGCUCCCCUCUCUUCGUCCAGUUCAUGGACUGUGUUUGGCAGAUGACUCGACAGUUCCCAGCAGCCUUUGAGUUCAACGAGCUGUUCCUGAUCACAGUGUUGGACCACCUCUACAGCUGUCUCUUUGGUACAUUCCUUUAUAACAGUGAGGAGGAGAGAGCAGCCAAGGAGGUGCAGACCAACACCGUGUCUCUGUGGUCCUACAUAAACAGUCAACCUGAGGACUUCACCAACCCUUUCUAUGUGGACUACGAGCACCAUGUUCUGUAUCCUCUGGUUUCCUGUCGACACCUGGAGCUGUGGACCAGUUACUACGCCCGCUGGAACCCUCGCAUGAGGCCGCAGGUGCCAGUGCACCAGACCCUGAAGGAGCUGCUGUUCCUCAGAGCUGAACUGCAGAGGAGAGUGGACGAGCUGCAGAGAGAGACGUCGUCCCACUCCCUGUCCUCCACUGAACACUCUCCUGCCAACACACACGCUGCAGGGACGCCUCUACACACUGCCGUCUGACACACACACACACACACACACACUGUCUGUCACGCCCCCGUUUUUAUCACUAAAUUACAACAUUUACAAUAAAAGGAGAGGUUUGUUACAUUUAUAUGAAGAUUCCAAAGUAAAAGUAUUAAAAGCAGAGUCUGACAUGAGCAACAGUGAUGUACAGUAUCUGUGCUUCUUAUUUAUAUUAUUAAAAGUCAGUGCAGACACUGAGCUCAGUGAAGGAAAAAAACUUUACUUCUUCUAUCAUGACGUGUGACAUCAAAGUCUCAGGGCUCUUUUAUUUUGUAACUGCAGGAAGCUGAGGCUCAUGUCGGCGGUUAAAGAACUUGGUCACAGGGGACUUCCUGUCUGCCUCCUGUGUGAGGGAGGGGGAAGCUCAUUUUACAUUUGGUGAAGCUUUGACUUAUAAAUGAUAUCUGGAUAUUUUUAAGACUUGUAAAAGUUUUCUUUUGUGAUGUUUGUGCUUCUCAAAGGAGAGUGACAAUAAUACUGUAAAUAUCUACUGUUUAUGACAGUGGUCAGCAACUGGCCAGCAUCGGUAUUUGUGAAGAUACACAAAUAUUCAGAGAUUUUAAAUCAUCUUUUGAAAAAAAAUAUGAACUAAUUCAAAGAGACUGUGUUGCUAGAAUUGUCAUUGAAAACUAAAAAUGUAACACUUCAACACACGUUCACAGAGUAAAUGUGUGUAAAGUAACUGUCAGCAGCAGUUUUUCUCCAAAAUGAAAGGGUGAACCUUAAUGAUCAACAGUUCUUUCACCAGGCCACUGUCGUUAGUACUUAAUGUCGUGCACUCGCGUAUGUGUGUCAGAGUCACAGCUGUCUUCGACACUGUAGUUGUUGUUUUUAUUUCAUUCUUCAAACACAGGAAAAGAAAAUCCCAAAAUGGGAAUGAAAAGAAGGAUGUGACAGUAUUUCAUCUGAGACGGUCGUGAGGGUUCCUCCCACUGAAGCCCUCACAGUAUUCCACAGGAGGACUUUUUUUCUUUCACUUCAUUCUCAUCCCUCACUGAUUUCCCACUAGUGUUGCAUGGCGCGACAAACAGGAAGUGACCUCAUCUUCCUCCUCUCCGUUACGUGAACACUGCCUCACUGCUCCUCUGUAUUUAUCAUCAUGUUGCCUUUAUGUGUCCACAUCCUCAAAGUGGGAUGUUUUUUUUGUUGUUCUGUUCCUGCCAAACCACUUAAUAUAUAUAUUUGUAAUGUAAAUCACAUGUGGAAGUGUUGUGAGAGUGUUGAGUUGUGUCUUCUUAUGUCAAUAACUUGUCUAAUUAUGUUCAAUUGAAGUGAUAGUUUGGGUUUUUUGAAGUGCAAUUGUAUGAGGUGCUGACACAAGAGAAACUCAAUAAAACCACCAUUCUUAGAAGAUCUA